UGCUGUUCGAAUCAUCUUGGAUUGUUAAUGUUGCGUGUAGACUCGGAGAACAUUCUCAUCUCAUCUCUUGCCAGCUGGUAUCUUUGAAAUAUCGGUUUUCUUUCGAAGAUUACAAUUUCUUCAUUCGUGAAGGAGGAAUAACUAACCAGCAUGCCACCCAAGAGGUUUCAGACAACGGCCGCUAUGGCUUGUGUCAAGAUUCUGUUGACAAUUUUCAUCGUCGUAUUUUGGGUUGUUGGUAUAGCUCUUCUUGCUCUUGGUAUAUGGGGAGUGAUAGAACUAAAGAACUAUUUAGCCCUCUCGGAACAGGACUACUCCAGCGUUCCGUACGUCUUAAUUGGGACAGGAAGCUUCAUGGUUGCUACAGGACUCAUCGGGUGUUACGCAAUCGUCAAAAACAUCACAUGGUUUCUACAUCUAUACACUGUUAUGGUCUUUGUGGUCUUCAUUGCUCUAUUUGCCUGUGGAAUUGCUGGGUUUAUAUUUGAAAAAGGACUUACAUCAAGCUUCAAAAGUGGUCUUGCAACACAUAUUGAGGAAUAUGGAGCAACGGAUACAGAUGGACUUGACAAAUAUGUUGAUAAUCUUCAAGAAACUCUAUUCUGCUGCGGGGGUACAAACUACUCAGACUGGCUGGCAGGUACCACAUGGUCAGAGACCCAUACAGACACUGUACCCGUUAGCUGCUGCAACAUGACAGUAGAUGCUCAAGUCUGUGAAGAUGCCAAGCCAAAGGACGGUGUCCAGAUAUCGGGCAACAAUGGAACGCUAUAUAUAUUUGACGAGGGCUGUUCAGCUAAGGUGACAUCAUUCCUGAGCAGUAAAAUGGGCAUCAUUGCUGGCAGUGCUCUUGCAUUUGGAGCUUUCCAGUUAAUUGGAAUUGUGCUAUCCUGCUGCCUUGCCAAAAUGAUUAAUGCCAAUAAAUACGAGAUGAUGUGAGGAGGUCUACUUAAAUGAUGCACCAUCAUGUCACAUUACAAGUUGGAGGCCAAUCACAGCGAUCUCUUCACUAUCAUCUUCACAUCUCCCUACAUAUUAUGUUCAUGCCAAAAUUAUGUUUGCCCAGAUUUUGAUUUCCCAAAUGAAUCAAAU